UGUGUCGCAGGAUGAUGACGUUGAGGAAGCCUUUUGGUCGCAUAUCGGAAAACACACGAGGACUGGAGUUGUGAUAUCAACAUAAUCGGCCGCGAUGGGGAAACAGAAGAAGCAGAAAUAUGCUGCGAUGAAAAGAAUGAUCAGUUUAAAAGAUCAGAGGAUAAAAGAAAAGGACAGAAAAAAAACACAAAAGAAGAAAAAAGAAGAUCCCUCGGCCAUCAAAGAACAAGAAGUAGCAAAGUAUCCAUCGUGUCUGUUCUUCCAGUACAACACUCAGCUUGGACCUCCAUAUUACAUCCUUGUUGAUACCAACUUCAUCAACUUUUCAAUUAAAGCCAAACUAGAUGUCGUUCAGUCAAUGAUGGACUGCCUCUAUGCUAAAUGUGUUCCUUGCAUUACAGACUGUGUGAUGGCUGAGCUUGAAAAAUUAGGCAUGAAGUAUCGAGUGGCUUUGCGGAUAGCCAAAGAUUCUCGCUUUGAACGCUUACCAUGCUCACACAAAGGAACAUAUGCUGAUGACUGCUUAGUCCAAAGAGUAACACAGCACAAGUGUUACAUUGUGGCCACAGUGGACAGGGACCUGAAAAGGAGGAUUCGAAAGAUCCCAGGAGUGCCAAUCAUGUACGUCUCUAAUCACAGGUAUAACAUUGAGAGAAUGCCGGACGAUUAUGGUGCACCAAGGUUGUAGUACAUUAAAUAUGGAUUUCUUUUUUUUUUUUUUUUUUUGGUUAGUUUUCUUCCCCUCCUUUUUUCAGUAAUGUUUUGAUUGGUGAUAUUAUAUAUUGAUAUUAAAAAUGUUCUGUGAAUGAUUAACCCAAGAAAAUGUAUGUAUUCACUAAUUUACAAUAAAGGCU